AUGUCUAGAAAUUCAAGACUCUUUAGACAUUUUAGUUAUGUGAAAUGGCAUAGGAAUUUGUCAAGCAACGUGAGGAAAGUGGAUGACUUCACGGUGACAUCUUCGCUUCCAUUUCAACCUGUACCGCGAAUGAGACUUUUUGAUCGUAUGUGGGUCCAUGCAUCACAAUUCAAGGAUCAAGUUGCUUUGGUGAGUGCAGAAACGAAGAAAUCCUACACAUAUUCUCAGCUGCAUCGCUUCAUAGCCAACUUCGGGACGUCUCUACUAAAGCGGUUGCACUUACGGCCAGGAGAUAUCGUGGCUAUAGUGGUGCCUAACUGCCCGGAGUACCCUGUGGCAGCCUUCGGAGCCUUACAGGCAGGCUGCGUGGUCACGACUGUGAACCCUGCGUACAGGAACUAUGAGCUAGUUCACCAAUUCACAAUCACCAAGCCAAAUUUAGUGGUCACCGUCACCCAGGCGUACCCGUUUAUCUCCAAAGCUUUGGACGCAGCCAAAAUCGAUGCGAAAGUCGUUAUAAUCGAUAACCCAACCCAAUCGAUUCCUGACGGAACUAUUCGAUAUUCCGAAAUCGCAGAAUCCGGCGAAGCAGACUACUCAGUGUUGGACAAGAUUGAAAAAGACCACGAUGACGUAGCAUUGAUACCAUUUUCUAGUGGUACUACCGGACUGCCUAAAGGAGUGGAGAUUACAUACAAGAAUCUCAUUAGUAGCUUUGAUAUUAUGACCCAUAAGGAGUUUGUUUUACCUGAAAUCGCUAAUGGUACCGACCAGGAGAUUGUACCAUGCGUGCUACCUUUCUUCCACAUAUUCGGUUUGGUCAUCACUCUGAUGGGGCAUUUGUCCGUGGGUGCUAAGCUGAUAACCAUGUCAAGUUUUGAUCCUGCUACUUAUAUUACAGUAUUGACUCAUGAGAAAGCUACUUUACUGUAUGUUGUGCCGCCAUUAGUGGACUUCCUUGCAAAGUAUCCCUUAGUAAACAAGAGUCAUUUCGAGCAUGUAAAGUAUAUAUUUUCUGGUGGCGCUGCUUUAUCCGGAGGGUCAGCUGAAGCAGUUCUUCAAAAAGCAAAUGAAAAAACCCAGUUCAGGCAAGGGUAUGCAACGACGGAAACCACGUGCAUGGGUACGGCGACUCCCAAAAAUGGCGGCAGACACUACAAUAAUAGCUGUGGCGAUCCUGCCCUGAAUAUCGAGCUGAGGAUGUGCGAUGCUGACACUGGGACGCCUGUGCCUAUUGGACAAGUUGGAGAAGUGUGCUUCAGAUCACCGAUAAUAGCAAAAGGUUACUACCAAAAUGAGCAAGCAACGAAAGAUAGUAUGACAAGCGAUGGCUUCUACAAAACAGGGGACUUGGGCGUCUACAAGCCUGGAGAAGGACUGUACAUUGUGGAUAGAAUAAAGGAAAUUAUUAAGGUCAAAGGCAUGCAAGUGUCUCCAGCCGAACUAGAAAACAUCCUCCGCACUCAUCCAUUAGUCCACGACGUAGGAGUCAUAGGGGUACCAGACAAACUUCUAGGGGAAGCCCCGAAGGCUUACGUGGUGGUUCGAAAACCGACCACCGCGGAGGAACUGAAGAAAUUCGUAGCAGAUCAAGUGGUAGCUUAUAAGAAAAUAAAAGAUGUUGUAUUUGUUGAUGCCAUACCGAAGAAUGCUACAGGUAAGGUCUUGAAGAAGGACCUGAAAAAUCUAUAGAGAUACUAAUUUAUUUAAUUAUGUGAACGUGCAAAUUAAAUUAAUUUAUGAGGAUUUAAUGCCUGAAACAUGUGCUAGAAAAUCAUCGGGCGAACUGUGUAGGUUUGCAUAAUUCAUUUUUUUUAUAUUGAAGGUCCUGCUGAAUAUAAAAUAAUAUAUUAAAAGGUCAAAUUUUAUUGACAGGACUAAAAGAUACAAAAAUAAAACAAUGUAAAAUAUCGAUAACAUUUUAUUGUUUACCAUAUCAGUUGUAAAUAUUGUUAUUGUGAUAAUAAAUAAUAUCUUCAGACUUACU